AUGCUCUCCUUUCUCGCCAAAAGAGUCCCUCGAACGACCACUGCUCACCUGAAUCCAAUAAAAUUUGACUCCGGUCUCUCAUCAAUCGAGUUCAAGCCUCCAACCGACCGCUACCUAGUAAUAAAUCGCUGGCCACCAGCCUCAAGCGCUAGAACCCAAAACAUCGCUCUCAAGCCACCGCUACAUUGGCAUCGGUUCCAGUCCGAAACAUUCCAUGUCCUAGAAGGAUCAGCGGAAUUUACGUGUGAUGGAGCGAAAAGUAUCAAAUCUGCUGGCGAGUCGAUGACGAUCCCUCCACGCGCGAUCCAUACGUUCUGUAAUGCGAGUUUGACGAAACGAUUGGUUGUGGAGUUUGUGCUAGAGCCGAGGGCGGUAGGAGAUGAGGCUUUCUUCCGGAAUGUGCAGUCCUAUCGUGAUGAUUGUCGGAAGGCUGGGGUGGACCGGAGUUUCCCGCAAGUACUUCUGUUUAAUUAUUUCGGUGGUGUAGUACUUGCUUUGCCUGGGCCCUUAGUCGUCGCUAGACCAUUAGGCGUGCUCUUGAAUUUCUUCGGCGGUUUGAUUCUGGGAAAGUAUGUUUUGGGGUACAAAGAGUCGUACCCGGAGUAUUACAAGCCACGAUCUACUUGA